UAUGCUCCAGUUUGGAUUACAAAUCUGAUUCAUCUUUGGAUCCCUAGGCCUAGCUUGGGACCUGGUACAUGGUUUAUAUAUCAUAGAUGUUUGUCAAAUCAUAAACUCUUGGCCAGGAGUUGAUAAUUGUUGAAACUGAGUGAUGGGUAUAUGAGGGUUCAUUACACCGUUCUUUUGUAUAUAUUUGAAAAUUUCCAUAAAACAUGAAAACAUUUAUAUUCACCUUAAGUCAAGUGAAAGUGUAGUCAAAGGUGGUCUUGAGGCUUCUAGCUUGGGCAAGCCAGUAGAUGGUGGUGUCAUUCUCUGGGAUGGAUGAAGUGGAGCUGCCUCCAGUCUUGUGCGUGCGCGCGCGUGUGUGUGUGUACGUGCACGCGCAUGCACAUGGGGUGUGUUGGGGAGAGUUCUUUUUCACCCCAGUGAAAAUUCUUAGAAGGCUAAUAAAGGGGAUGAAAUAAUGAAUUUCAGUCUGGACACCUUUAAGUGUUAGAAGCCUGAGGGCACCUCCAGUCAGUUGCACAAUAGUAACUACAAUAAAUUAAAACCUCUGCUUAGAGAAACGAGCCAUGAGAAGGUUUCUGGAUGGUAACAUUCCCCCUUCAUGAUCCUUGGUGGCCUCUGGGCCACUGAGGUGACCACUAGGAGCUAUCCCACUAUCCAGGCAACCUGCAGUAAAUAUUGUGCCUCACUAUUCCUUCCUUCACGCUUUUCAUCCAUUCCCCCCUUCUUCACUACCUCUUCUGUAUUUCUACUGCGGAGCGAUUUACUGACACCUGCGAGGCCUUGGUGUCACAACUUUAUGUUCAGCAGCAGGGGUAGGGUGUCAAGAAACAUCUGGUUCCAGUCUGGUUUCACCACCUUGUGACGGCAGGCAAGUCCUUUUACCUUUCGGAACCUCAGCAUCUGCCUCUGAAAAAUGAGGAUAACAAUAGCGGCGAUUUCACAGGACUGACGCGAGGAUGAAUCCACGUAAAGGGUUUAACACAGAGCCUAGCACAGGAGUCUGCCAAGGCCAUGUCUGUUCCAUCAUCACUGAGCCAGUCAGCCAUUAAUGCCAACAGCCACGGAGGUCCCGCCCUGAGCCUACCCCUGCCCCUGCACGCUGCUCACAACCAGCUGCUCAACGCCAAGCUGCAGGCCACGGCUGUGGGACCCAAGGACCUGCGCAGCGCCAUGGGGGAGGGUGGUGGGCCUGAGCCGGGCCCUGCCAAUGCCAAGUGGUUAAAGGAAGGCCAGAACCAGCUCCGGCGGGCCGCCACAGCCCACCGUGAUCAGAACCGCAAUGUGACCUUGACCUUGGCAGAGGAAGCCAGCCAGGAGCCUGAGACGGCACCCCUGGGCCCCAAAGGCCUGAUGCACCUAUAUUCUGAGUUGGAGCUCUCUGCCCACAAUGCGGCCAACCGAGGGCUCCGAGGACCCGGCCUGAUCAUCAGCUCCCAAGAUCAGGGGGCAGAUGAUGGAGAGGAGAAGGCGGCAGGAGAGGCCGAGGAGGAUGAUGAGGAAGAGGAUGAGGAGGAAGAGGAGGACUUGUCUUCUCCUCCAGGGCUGCCUGAGCCCCUGGAGAAUGCGGAGGUGCCCCCCGGACCCCAGGCCCUUGCAGACGGCCCCCGGGAGCACAGCAAGAGUGCCAGCCUCCUGUUUGGCAUGCGGAACAGUGCAGCCAGUGAUGAGGACUCGAGCUGGGCUACCUUAUCCCAGGGCAGCCCCUCCUAUGGCUCUCCAGAGGACACAGAUUCUUUCUGGAACCCCAACGCCUUCGAGACGGAUUCCGACCUGCCGGCUGGAUGGAUGAGAGUUCAGGACACCUCAGGGACCUACUACUGGCACAUCCCAACAGGGACCACCCAGUGGGAGCCCCCAGGCCGGGCCUCCCCAUCACAGGGGAGCAGCCCCCGGGAGGAAUCCCAGCUCACCUGGACAGGCUUUGCCCAUGGAGAAGGCUUUGAGGAUGGAGAAUUUUGGAAGGAUGAACCCAGUGAGGAGGCCCCAAUGGAUUUGGGACUGAAGGACCCUGAGGAGGGGACAUUGGCCUUCCCAGCCCAGAGCCUCAGCCCAGAGCCAUUGCCCCAAGAGGAAGAGAAGCUGCCCCAAAGGAGUGCCAACCCGGGGAUCAAGUGUUUCGCUGUGCGCUCCCUAGGCUGGGUGGAGAUGACUGAGGAAGAGCUGGCCCCUGGACGCAGCAGUGUGGCUGUCAACAACUGCAUCCGUCAGCUCUGCUACCACAAAAACAAUCUGCAUGACCCCAUGUCUGGGGGCUGGGGGGAGGGAAAGGAUCUGCUGCUCCAGUUGGAGGACGAGACGCUAAAGCUGGUGGAGCCUCAGAGUCAGGCCCUGCUGCAUGCCCAGCCCAUCGUCAGCAUUCGAGUGUGGGGCGUCGGGCGGGACAGUGGAAGAGAGAGGGACUUUGCCUACGUAGCGCGAGAUAAGCUGACCCAGAUGCUCAAGUGCCACGUGUUUCGCUGUGAGGCACCCGCCAAGAACAUCGCCACCAGCCUGCAUGAGAUCUGCUCUAAGAUUAUGGCCGAACGGCGCAAUGCCCGCUGCUUGGUAAAUGGACUCUCCCUGGACCACUCUAAACUUGUGGAUGUCCCGUUUCAAGUGGAAUUCCCAGCGCCCAAGAGUGAGCUGGUACAGAAGUUCCAAGUCUAUUACCUGGGGAAUGUGCCUGUUGCCAAACCUGUUGGGGUAGAUGUGAUAAACGGGGCCCUGGAGUCAGUCCUGUCCUCCAGCAGCCGUGAGCAGUGGACCCCAAGUCACGUCAGCGUGGCACCUGCCACCCUCACCAUCUUGCACCAGCAGACAGAGGCGGUGCUGGGGGAGUGUCGGGUGCGCUUCCUCUCCUUCCUGGCAGUGGGCAGAGAUGUCCACACGUUUGCAUUCAUCAUGGCUGCCGGCCCAGCCUCCUUCUGCUGCCACAUGUUCUGGUGUGAGCCUAAUGCAGCCAGCCUCUCAGAAGCCGUGCAGGCUGCGUGCAUGCUCCGCUACCAGAAGUGUCUCGAUGCCCGCUCCCAGGCCUCCACCUCCUGCCUCCCAGCACCCCCUGCUGAGUCCGUUGCCCGGCGUGUAGGGUGGACUGUCCGCAGGGGUGUUCAGUCGCUUUGGGGUUCCCUCAAGCCCAAACGCCUAGGGGCCCAUACUCCCUGAAGUCCUCAGUCCUCCCUCCACCUGCUUGCGUUGGGCCCCAGGGAACUCAAGGGUAUGGGACAGGGAAGGGCCCGAAAGGCUAUUCUUAGGCCUCAGCCUCCCGCUCCCAAACUGCCCCUCCGCACUAGCUGGGUUUCCUGCCUAGGGGUUGGGAAAGGAGACGCCUAAUCCUUCCAAGUGACAAUACUGGAUUGAUGACAAGAGGAACAGGAAGCAAGGCCAGCCCCAGGCUCUCCAUCCCCACGUUCAGGUGGAGCAGGAGGAACUGGUCUAGGCCAGGCCCCAUCUUUGUAGGGUCCAGCAGGGGCAGAAGGAGGGGACCAGCCCAGACAUGGGUUCCCUCCCCCCUGCUCCAUGGCAUCUCUGCUGUACUGAUAUCACUAAUAAAGUCUGUCUGCCCUGCUGA